AUGGACGGCAAAAACCGCUUCGUCCCCUCCCUGCUGGACGAUACGGGCUACGAUCAUUGCCAGGCCCCAGCCGGCGCCGCUCGGGCUCUAUCGCCGGCUCCUAGUGGCCGCUUCAGCUUACGCCGGGUUUCGCUCUUACCGUCUUCAUCCUCGUCUUCUUCGGUGGCGUCGAGUACUUGUGCCUCGACAUAUGGCUCAAAAGUUACCAGCUUGAGCCCAGAGAACUCAUGCGUGUCCCGUGAUACUUCAGAUGGAGAUUGUGGCAGAUAUAGGUUCAUUGCUUGGGCGGCCGUCAAACGUAAUGCUUGUCAAGGCAUGACACCAAGCGAGAGACUCGAGUGCCCGCUGCUGCGAUGUCGUCGGCGAUGCGAGAGUCACGAGGAAAUGCUCAGACAUCUCGCAGGAUGUGAUCAGCUUGGAACUUGCGAAUAUUGGUGCUACAGUCACAUGCGCGUUGAGAGGUUUGAUGAUAAAAAGUGCCAGCGGUGUUUGACUCAAAAAUCCAAACGUCGCCGCAUGCUAUGCAGGGCUAAGAACUUCUUCUCAUCACUGGGCCACAAGGGAAGGAAGAACGGCGCGACCGGCCUUCCCACUGGCUUUGGCGAUGAUGACGAUCAGUCCCUCAUGUUUCCAGUGGCUCCCCCGAGAUACGACAUGCUGGAGGCAGACCAGACCUAUGGUUACGAGCUCUCAGGAAACGCCAUCGUCGAAAUAGAUUCGACAGAGGUGGCACCUCCGCUGCCACCAUCCCCGACAACUCCUGCCGUCGUCGACCCCCAGGUCCUUUUGCUUCCAGAAGUUGACACUAGGAUGUUGGUCGCCCCCGAUCCAUCGAUGCAAUGGCAACAUGACAUUUCGUGUGCAUCUCAGCCGAUUUUUGCCGAGCAGGUUCCGUCGCCUGAGGAGCGUCCGCCACUAGAGGUCAACACGUCUGGUAUUGAGCAAUAUCUUCAGUCAAUCGGGUUCCGGUCCAAACCCAGACCCAGUCAGGUGCCUGCGAGUAGAAGCAAGGACCUUUCGCCAAGCUCUUCUGUUCGAUCCACAAACAGCACUACUAGUACCGCCAGCGAUGUCAGCCAUGCGAGCAGCACAAGUGCUGUAAGCAAUGUCAGUUCCUUGGUGUCGCCAAUAUCGGCAUUCAGUCAUUCGUCCUCCUUGGCCAGUGGCGAAUUUGCGAAGCACCUAGCAUCUCCCAAGGACGUUUUAAUGGGGCAGGAUGACCUGUUGUUAGAGCAGCGCCAAUUUGAUCAAAAUGAUGUACCGACCUCGAUAUUUGAUUCGAUCUGCCCGCCGGCAGAACUACUUCACGGCAUGUUCAGCGAACUACCUGCCGAUUUCCCUCCACCGAAGGUGGAUCCAACUAACCUGCCGACGAACCCUCUCCUGUUCGACUUCGAUACAACCAGCUAUCCUGUGGGCGCGACAUGUACCAACGAUUUGCUUCUAGCGCAGGAUACCACAUUUGAGCCAUCACUAGACAUGACUUCGAAUUCCAAAGCUCGUAGCCCUGUGUCUGUUGAGGCAGAUGUCAAGAUGCCCAAAUCAGCCACAGAAGCAUUUGUGAUUUCGACAUGGGACACAUUGCUGGAACAUAUUGCGAGUUCAAAGGCCAAGGUUCAAGACAUCAAUGACAACCCACUGGCCGACAAACUUCGCUCAUUAGCCUCAAGGACUAUCGCAAGAGAUGGUUUCAGUGCUCUCAGAAGCCUCCUUGACGGCUGUCCACCGACGAGUCCAAUCAAGAUUCUCUGUCUUGUUCACGUGGUCUAUGCUCUUUCUCUAGUCGUCUAUGGUGAUGACCGUCUUUCACAGCGCUCUCAAGAGCUAUAUGUUGAAUCUCUUGUCUACGCUCGUAUGGUAGGAGACAUGCAAAUGGAAGCGCUUAUGACGGCCAUCUGGCAGCCAGUCAAAUUCUCCAUUUCUGAGCUCAGCCAAGGCAUUCGCCGGAAAUACAAGUCCUUGCAUAGGAGUCCCAGUCAAAAGGGCAAGGAGUGCCCUAUUGACCUAAAGUGCCAUGUGGCCUACCACCAAGACCCGCUUCUAUGCACUGCGAGGGACUUCUUGGAUGGUGAGCUCGGUCAUUAUGACAUCCCCACUCCUCCUCAAAUGGGGCUUGACUUCCAAGGAACUUCGAGCACAUCAUUCGUGACAGUCGCCCGCACAGUCAUUGUUCAACUAGCCAAAAGUUUUACCGGUCAUGGAGAUCUUCUCCUAGGACUUCAGGAUAUACACAAACGACUCAGCUCUGGUUCCAUCUCAAGCAUUCGUAGACUUGAAAUCGAGCUCCUCUACACUGGAAAGAACAGCUUGCCUCCGAGAAUUUAUUUCGGAAAGUACACAAACACAACAGGACAAGCAUGCGACCGGAUGUAUCGUCAGUUUAUGGGAAGCGGUGCGAACAGGACUCUCUACCACGGUCUUGAUCUUGGUUUCCUCGAGACGACAGUUGCGGGGUUCGACAGAGGUGGACCUGAUAGUAUGAAGACCGUUCUACCCAUAUCGCCGCUCACUGGCGAUACUGAAGGUGACGCCUUGUUCGACGACUUUAUAGACGCCAUGACACCAUCGUUGAUGAGAACGAUGGCGGACGAGAGCAUUGCAGUGCAGCUCAACCCGGAAAUGGCGGUUGCGGAUAGCUCGAAGCUCGAACUUGGGUCACCCUACGACAGCUUUACAGGGGAGACCUCAGACGUGGUAGCCGUACACCCACUUGUUUUUGAGGAAUCUCUUGCAUUGGGCCCGGGGGCAUGUCCAGUACAAUGUGGCGGAUCACUUCUUGGCUCCACGACCCCUUCUUCAUCGACUUCGACGUCUGGAAGCACUACGACGCAGGGCAAAACCGAGGCCAACAACUGUUGCGAGCUGUGUGGAUAUAGGCCUAAGGGGGAUCCACAAUGGUUUAAAGGGAGCAUGGCCAAGCACAUGAAGCUACAACAUUCGGCACAGCCUCCCAAGAUAUAUAAGUGCCCGUAUCCUGGCUGCAACAGCGCAUAUAAGAAUCGACCAGACAACUUGAGACAGCACCAAAUCGAAAAGGGGCACUUUGUCGAUGGUGAAGAGCCAAACCGCAGGCCAAGUAAGAGAAAGAAGUUGUCUGAUUGA